AUGCCUUCCCUCCCGCAGAACGCAUCUUCAAAUGCAUUUGACUCAUCAAUUCUGACCCUUCAGGCCACUUUCUCCAGUGGCAUGACCUUGUUGACUACGGCUUCCACUGCCAACAACUUCCUCAGAGCUACAGAUGGCCCACAGGCCACAAUUCCAACCACUUGUCCCCCCGAUCAAAUUGUGAAGGGGAUUGUGCAGAAAAUAUGGGGUCAUUCAUCUAUUGAGACAGUCGGAGAUAUUGGCGAUAUACUGGAGAAGGGACUCGUUACGGAUGAUUUGAGCCUCGAAGAAGCUUGCAUUGCCGGUUACGCACAGAAAAAGGGGAAGUCCCCCCAAGAAGUCAUGAAGAGGUUCCGUUUACACAAUCCCACUGAAGCGGGCCAAACGGCUUGGCAAACAUGGCUUAAGCUUCACCCUGGAAUUGACAGUCAAGAAGCAGCAUGCCUGCGUAAAUUACAGCAACAGGAUAUCGAUAGGAAGUACCCUGACCAGGCAGAAGAAGCAAAAGCGUUCUAUGAUAAAAUUCUGAUACAUUGCGGGGACCUUGUUUUAUCGAAGGACGAGAGGGAGGCUCAACCAAAUGAAGGCCUUUAUCUGUUGCAGAAAAUAACGGGAAAAUAUGCUGCUCAGCUCGCUGCACUCAGCUCCAUUCAUCCUGUUGGGGUGGCGUUAGUGGGGUUCAUAGCAGAUGACAAGCUUGCCCCUCAGGAUUCGACUAUCGCAUUUACGAGCUCACCAAUGAUUGCGGAAAUGGUCAAAGCUAUGGGCCUACCCCUCACAGAGGAUAGUGCCUUAGCCAUGAGGAACUUCUACGACGGGAUAAAGGCAUUCAGGUACAAGCCCAUAUCAACCCAACCCGACGCCAUUAAAAACAGAGGUGAUGGCGCAGAACCUUUCUUCAACAUCUUGGGGCGUUUACGAAACCCCGAUAAAUCUACCAGCGAGGUGUUUGGUGCCUCAAGCCUCAUGAAGACCGUCGUGAUGCACAUGAAGCAAAGUGUCCAUUUCAGCGAUGAUCUGGACAGGUAUUUGGGAAAUGGAACGGGAAACACGGCCAUCAAAUCAGAGGUUGAGGGCGAUGCGAACAACGUGGAUUACCACACACCCGCAUUAAAAAGGAAGGAAGGCCUCGCCUUUGCAGACGAGACCUACGGCUCGCAUCCCCAACGCCGCACUGAGUGUGCUGGGCGGCUUAAAGCAAUCAUUCUGGAGGCAACAGGGAUAACUGAGCUUGGGCACAACUGGAGAGUCGCCAACAUACUUUCAUUCAUGCUUGAGCAUCGUCUCCGUUUUGUUGGUUGGCAUCGUGGUGUCCCACGCUUGAACAAGUCACUACCGUGCGAUUGGACCCCACGCGAGUCUGCACGGUGUAUAAUGCAGCUCACUCACCAGGAUCCGGAGCAGACGUUGAGGGUGGAACAAAUGACAGAUGACGAGUACCUGACGCGUGAGGUGCUACACUAUGCACCAGAUGCGAAAGGGAAUAUUACGAAAUACCUAUUGCCUGAACACGAGACAAGGAGGGCAAUUGCGAGGACAGCGGUCGUCCCCGCACGAACCCAAAAACGUAAGGACAGCACGCCAAACUCCCCAACUGUGGAGAUGGAAGGAGAUUCGGUUGGUGAUAAUCAAAUAUCAUCCCCGUCUUCCAAGCGACGCAAGAAGUCCAAAGCCACUCGCGCACGCACCCUCACGAAGGCAAAACCUCCCGACGAUGGCAUCGUACCCGAGACACCACCUCGCAACUCACCUGAACCGGGCGGGUCUUCAUCAUCAUCAGUAAAGUUAGAGGCAAUAAACCUGACAACGUUCCCAUCGGGUGUACGCUCAGGCUUCCGGCAAGGGCGUGGACCGCAACUCCCUGAUGACCCAGAAAACGACGUCUUCAUGGAGCAAGCCGUUCCGGAAUCACAUACGCCAAUGGUCAUCCCUCCAAUUAGGCUCAUCCAUCCAACACCGCAUAGUACUCCCCUCAAAGUUCAACCAGUGUUGAAGAUUAAUGGAAGUACGCACCUCACUGUGAACGAAGGUCCAACGUCCCGGGCACCGUCGGAGGCACCGUCAUCCGUAUCAAGCCUAAGCGGUGAGCCUCCCACCUUUGACACCUUGUUCAGGUGUGCACGAAACUCAGUGUGGCGGGCUGCAUCGAAAAUGUUGCCGGCGGUUCGUUUGAAGGCGCUAAUGGAAGAAAACGUUGAACUCCUAGUCAACAUCGACAUCAUUGCCCUGCACGUUACCGAGAAGGAGCCACCUCCUGAAGUCUUAGAUGUCACUCAACACUGGAGAAUGAUUAGCGCCGUUGGAAACGAGCUUCGUGACAGGGGGGCUGAUGUAGGAAAGGUUGCCAGGAGGGUGGUCCAACUGCUUGACGAGUUGGAAGUGAACGACGACGAGGAUGUGAUAGCUACGUGGAUACAGAUGUUGCCCAGUUGA